CACCAAAAGAGUGAGAAAGAAAAGGAUAAAGAAAGGGAUAGAGAAAGGGAGGAGAGAAAGAGGAGAGAUGAAGAGAGAGCUAAGGAUCCGCAACAUCUGAAGCGCUUGGAUAUGACUUCGGGCACAACUCGCCGAAAUGAAGAAAACAAACUCCGAGUUCUGAAAGAAGUGAAAAGUUUAGCAAAACUAGACUCAGAUUUUGUGGUCAAAUAUUACAAUUCAUGGCUUGAAUGCAAUCAUCUCUAUAUUCAGAUGCAAUUCUGUCCGCAAAGUCUUCGGUCUCUUCUCAAAGACAAACCAAUUGUCUUCCAAAGACAACCGGAAGAACAGAUGGAAGUCUUUGAAUAUUUCAUUUCAUGCAAAAUAUUCAGAGAACUCUUAGAGUGUGUCCAAUAUCUUCACGAAUCGGAUCCACCGGUUAUUCAUAGGGAUCUAAAACCGGAUAACAUUCUCAUUGAUCCAAAUAUUAGUGGCAAUCGUAUCGUAAAACUAUGUGACUUUGGUUUGGCCACUGAUCACAACAUCGAUGGACACACCGCCAGCCGUUACGAGCACUCAGUUGUGGGCACUUUGAAGUAUAUGUCACCCGAAGUCCAUUUGGGUAAACAAUAUAAUCACAAAUCAGACAUUUAUAGCCUCUAUGUUAUCGGCGAAGAGUUGUUUGAUAUCGAUCUUCAGGCUUCGCAAACAUUUGAGGUCAAAGAAUCGGUGCUCAAGACAUCAAUACAAUGCAUAUAUCGGACACUUCUGGCAAUGAUGUCGACACCCUUUUGGCGACAAAGACCUGAGUGUCGGGAAGUGUUGGCCAAAUAUAACGAGUGGUCUAUUGAUAAGACAAUUGUCACGAAUCAUAAAGAAUUCAAUUCAAAUGCA